UCAGAAAAUUGAAGCCAGAUGUAUCCGUUGAGAUAGAUAACAAUUGCUGGACCGACUGAUGUAAUUUCUUCGCUUUUCAAGCUAAGCUCACUGGUUGAUCACUCGCAAUUCGAAAAAGGCGGCUCUAUCGCGACACCCAUCGUAGACAGAGCACGCGAGCACCGAUAGUCACACAACGAAACCGGACCGACGGAUUUCGCAACACGACGAAUUUAACACAAAUUGUUUAAUACUUAGAAAAGUGGACAAUAAUGUUGUUACUUAAAUACUCGUUUAAGUACAAAAACACGAUGUAAAUCUCGGAUCUGCGAGCACAUCGUUUAAUUGGAAUCUACGCGGUGGUAUUCUCUUUUAUAUCUUACGAGGAGCUCACAGAAAUAAUCGGCAGGAAAAGAAUAUAUCGAGCUUGAGUUUACAAUAACGAUGGUUGUAGUAUAAGAACACAACAGUGGAAGAAAUUAAAUGCAGUGACGAAAUACGGAAGGCCCAGGAAAUAAAUUACAUCACAGCGCAACAGUUUUUUUCAGAGUGAUUGUCACCGACAAUAUCACUUGUGUUUCCGGUGAACCGUUGAAAGUCGCCGCCAGUGUUGAGUUCAGAAUUGGCGAUGGGCGAUACAGGAAUACCAUUCCCGUUGGCGUCUAUCGAACCAGUGGAUAUGUGUCGAUUCUGCGCCCUUUGUUUUUUCAAAUCGGAUAACGAUUUGACAAAAACUACCGAGACGUGAAUGUUGAUCUUGCCAUUGGUGUCGCGGUCCGGUGCGUAGAUCGACUGCUGAUUACCGACCGUGGAGAAAUAACAAUAACAGGAAUACUAUGGAAUUUAAGGGAAUUGGAUGCUAAAGAAUUUACCUUUACACUCACAAAGCCAUGAAUGUAUUCCAAGAUUCUUCUUCAUUAUCAUCCAAGGAAAGCGAAGCAACAUCUUCCACAGAAACAAGAACGAAUGAUAAACAAGAAGGAGGUAAAGUCCGGUUAGCUAUUGUCGCUGGAUUUUUUGCAACUGUUGGAAGUCUGUUGGGUAAACUUGCUGGAAAUGUUGGAAUUGAUUCCGUGGUUGGAUUGCUUCUCAAAGGCGUCCUCUUGGUACUGAUGGUAUCGAGUAACACAGUCGGUUGCACGUUUUUCGUGAAAGCGUUGAAUGCCAGUGGAUCUUCUUUACCGUGCACAAUUGCCAGCGCCGCCACUAGUUACGUUUGUUCGGCUCUAGCGGGUUCUUUGGUUUUUAACGAAUCCACGUCGAUCACUUGGUGGUGCGGUAUACUGUUAGUUAUUUUAGGUUUAUUUUUCAUCAGUCGCGCUCCAACAAAAGCUGUUUCUACGGAGAAAUUGAAGCAGAAAUAAACCGAAGGAGCAUCUUGGAAGUGUUCGUUUCAAUAACUCGUGUUAUUUCGUAUUAGGUUAUUUCUCUUCAUGUGAACAUGUAUUAGUAUUGAAUAGAAUAAAUAAAUGGAUGAUCACGUUCUGAAUUUCUUGG